GAGAGAGCGUGAAUGAAAAAUGAGCGAGCACACGCGAAGCUGGACAACUCAUCUAUUGGCUAUCGGGAAAAAGGGGCGAAUCCAAGAACAUAAAUUGUGAUAGUAGUAGGGGGCCGAGGGAGGUGUCUUUGCAGUUGCAGACAUUAAAUCAAAAGCUCUCCAAACAAUAACUUACAGACACACCACUUCCAACCAAUAUUCUUUUUCUAUGUUAACUUUAUAAUAAUUCUUUUAAUUGUCAUCUACCUUAAAGACAGAGCCAUUUACCAACUUACCAAAGCGUCUUUCACUCAACUCUCUCAUUCCUUUGCAGCUAUUUUUCAGUUUUUUAAUUGAGUUUGGUUCAUUUUAUAGGACUGAUUCAGUUCAACUUAAGUAAAAAAAAAAAAAAAACAGAAUUGAGUGAUUAUAUUUAUAUCCAAUCUAGUUCCUUUCUAAAUUCAUACUCUGCUAUAAACAAUAUAGAAAACGACAAACUCCCACCUCCUCUCCCUCCCAAAAAUAUAUUCUCUCUUCUCUAAACAAAAAAAUUAAUAAACUACCUCUCUUCGGAAUAGUGAGUAGUGAGUACCGUCUCUGGCUUCGUGGGUUGCAAGUGCAAGCUUUGGCUACUGUGCAACUCUCAAAGUAGAGUUAAUUUUUUGUGAACUCCUAAACUGUACCCCCCUAAUACUUUACUAGUAUAUUAAUGAAAAGAAUAGCACGCCAAAAACCCGUACUCUGAAUCCCGAAAUACCAAAACCCACAUGCACCCCUUCCAUUUCCCGAACCUUUAUCAUCACCUUCCUCAGGACCACAUUCUCCCCCUCCCCAAUACCACCCUCAAUCCCUCAUCAUCUCAAGGGCCAAGGGUUUUGAUAAAAACAUAUUGUUUUCGGAAAAAUACCAAAACGGAUCAUACCUCCUAGUCCUACAUCAUCUCCACCAACCUCCUUUUUCUUACUAACUUACAUUUGUUCGUAUUCCUCCCCUACUAAAACAACUCUUUUCAUUUUCCAAAAUAGGAGAAAUAAAAGAAUGAUAAGUUUAUCAGAUUUCUACCAUGUUAUGACCGCAGUUGUGCCACUCUAUGUGGCUAUGAUCCUCGCUUACGGUUCCGUAAAAUGGUGGAAAAUUUUCAGCCCAGAUCAAUGUUCUGGCAUUAACAGGUUUGUUGCUUUAUUUGCUGUUCCUCUUCUUUCUUUCCAUUUCAUUUCAAGCAACAAUCCUUACUCGAUGAACCUCAAGUUUAUCGCGGCCGAUUCCCUCCAGAAGGUGAUUGUUCUGACUGUGCUAUUCGUCUGGAGUAAAUUCAGCAAGCGUGGCUCGCUCGAAUGGACAAUCACUCUCUUUUCUCUUUCCACCCUUCCAAACACACUUGUAAUGGGCAUCCCUUUAUUAAAAGGAAUGUACGGGGACUUCUCCGGUAGUUUAAUGGUACAAAUUGUUGUCCUCCAAUGUAUCAUUUGGUAUACAUUAAUGUUAUUCAUGUUCGAAUACCGAGCUGCAAAGAUGCUGAUAUCAGAACAAUUCCCCGACACUGCUGGCUCAAUCGUAUCCAUACACGUCGACUCCGAUGUAGUAUCAUUAGAUGGGCGGCAGCCGUUGGAGACGGAGGCCGAGAUUAAGGAAGAUGGAAAGUUGCAUGUAACAGUCCGCAGAUCAAAUGCAUCAAGGUCUGAUAUCUUCUCAAGAAGGUCUCAUGGAUUUUCCUCUACCACUCCUCGUCCUUCGAAUUUAACAAAUGCAGAGAUCUACUCCCUUCAGUCGUCGCAUAAUCCGACGCCGCGAGGCUCCAGCUUUAACCACACUGAUUUCUACUCAAUGGUUGGUGCUGCUGGUGCUGGUGCUGCUAGGAGGUCCAACUUUGGUGCAGGGGAUGUUUAUGAAUUAGGACUAACCACUUCUAGGGGUCCCACUCCAAGACCGUCUAAUUUUGAAGAGGAAAGUGGAGGGAAUAGUAACAGGACUAAUAAGUAUGGUCAUGCUCAUUACCCUGCCCCUAACCCGGGGAUGUUUUCACCCACUAAGAAAGAUGCAAGUGUUAAUGCUAAUAAUACUAGUACUAAUACUACUACGACGACGAAUAAUAACCUGAAAAAGGGUAAGGGAGGAGAAGAAGGAGGGAAAGAUCUUCAUAUGUUUGUAUGGAGUUCAAGUGCUUCUCCUGUAUCGGAUGUAUUCGGUGGACAACAUGAUCAAUAUGCUGUUUCAGACCAGGCUGUUAAAGAAGUCCGAAUGAACGUGUCUCCUGGUAAAGUGGAGGGUGGAAGAGAUAACCACGAAGAGUACUUGAGUAAAGAUGAAUUCAGCUUUAGAAAUAGAGGAUUAGAAGGAGAAAUGAAAGACCAUCAUCAGGGUAGCAAAAUGGAAGAUGGGACGUCCAAAAUUUUGCCUCCAGCAAGCGUUAUGACAAGGCUCAUUCUCAUCAUGGUUUGGAGGAAACUUAUAAGAAAUCCUAAUACUUAUUCAAGUUUAAUUGGCCUUACGUGGUCUUUGAUCUCCUUCAGGUGGCAUGUAGAGAUGCCGGCCAUCAUCGCAAAGUCCAUUUCAAUAUUGUCCGAUGCAGGUCUUGGCAUGGCCAUGUUCAGUCUCGGUCUGUUCAUGGCUUUGCAACCAAGGAUUAUAGCAUGUGGCAAUUCCGUAGCAACUUUUUCAAUGGGAGUAAGAUUCCUUACAGGCCCAGCUGUCAUGGCCGCUGCUUCUAUUGUUGUUGGCCUACGUGGCGUACUUUUACAUGUUGCCAUCGUCCAGGCAGCACUGCCACAAGGAAUAGUUCCGUUUGUGUUUGCAAAGGAGUACAAUGUGCAUCCUGACAUUUUGAGCACGGGUGUCAUAUUUGGGAUGCUAAUCGCGUUACCUAUCACACUCGUUUACUACAUUUUGCUGGGCCUAUGAACUCUUAUUUGUUGUUUGCAAACUUUAAGACUAAGAGGUCAACUCGAUAAUGCUUUUAGAUAGUGGAAAAGUAAGUAAAGAGGUGAAAAUCAGUGGAUUUUAUGAAUUUCUUUCUUUGGAAACAAAAAAAAAAAAAGUUAAAUUGUGCUUGUAGGCCAUUUAUUAAUAGAAAAUGCAUCAUAAAUAUUUAAAUUUCUACUUA